GAAAAAAAUCGAGAUAGAACGAACCACAAUUGAUUGAGGUUUUUUUUCAAAUUUCCAACGUGAGACGUAUGAGUAUGACGAGCGAGAUUGCGACAUCUCCGGCGAUUCCGCCUCCGCCGGAGAAACACUCCGAGCAUCAGCCACUGCCGCAGAAACCAGUAAACUCUGCUCCCAUUUCCGCCGUACCUCCCUCCUCGCCACAAGCUACGACGGAGGUUGUCGCUAAUAGCAAUGGCGUAGUAUCAGACCAAGUGAUCGAUGAAAUCGAAGAACCAUCCUAUUUCAAAUACCUCGAUAGCAAAGGGUAUGCUGAAAAGUACCGAAAGUACGAAUCUGACUUUAAGCAGAUGCUCCUGGCAAAGUAUUUCUCUGGGAGAGAUCCCAAUGGAGCGAAUUUGUUUGAGGAGAGAACAACAAUAGAUGGUGAAACCAUUAUGUCAAGCAAGUGGCCUUGCACGCGUUUCUAUGCAGACCCGGAUAUUUCAUAUCCAGAUCCAGUACAAUGCCUUGAUGAAGAAGAACAAGAACAAGAAGAACAAGAAGAAGAAGAAGAGAUUGUAGAUUCAGCUACUGCAGAGAUAACCCCUGGUGAAAUCUCCAAUGGAGGUAUUGUCUUAGAGAAGAAGAAUAGUUGUUGAAGAAGAAUAGUUGUUGACGUUUAGUUUUUUUUUUCUGGUUUUCGGUGUUGACAAUGUUGAUUGAACCUUUUGCUUAAGUUGAUUUGCUUCAUAGACCAAGAAUGUGAUACACAAUUUCGAUGGAGCUAAUUGUGAAACCAAUAGAUUUAAA